AUGAACGAGUCUAUCUUGUCACUGGAUUCCCUUUGCCUGGCUGAGAGAGACAGCCCAUAUGAAACUGAACUGGAGGACGAGUGGGACAUAGAUCAUAAAGAAAGGAAGACUACUGGAAAAGACAUUUCCACUGCCGAGGUGUACCUGCAGGCAUGUAAGCUGGUGGGUGUUGUACCUGUUAGUUACUUCCUGAGAAACCUCGGAUCUGCCACCAUCAACCUCAACCAUCACGGUCUUGGACCUUUAGGAGGAAAGGCUCUGGCCAUAGCUCUUGUGACUGAUUUGCAUACCACAACUUUGGAACUGGCUGAUAAUUACCUGCUGGCUGAGGGAACAAGGUAUCUUGUGCAGAUGCUGAAGGCCAAUUUCAUCAUUCAGAAUUUGGAUCUCUCUGACAAUCACCUUCGAUCUGCAGGAGCUGAGUAUAUCACCAAGCUGCUAAUGGAUAACAACACCAUCAAAUCUAUCAAACUAUCUGGGAGUGGAUUCACCGAGGAUGAUGCCAAAGGGUUUGCAGAUGCAUUUUCGAUCAACCAUAAUGUAAAGGAGUUGGACCUGAGUCACAAUCAGUUGUGUGGAAGAGCUGGUGAAUGUCUGGGUCAAAUGCUUGCUAAUAAUGAGGGUGUUGAGAUCCUUAACCUGAGCUGGAAUCACCUCAGAAUGAAGGGUGCUGUAGCUUUCUGCGCUGGACUUAAAGUUAAUGUGACUCUGAAACACUUGGACCUCUCCUGGAAUGGUUUUGGUAAUGAGGGAGCUCUGGCUUUGGGUGAAGCCUUGAAAUUUAACAACACCUUGGUAUACCUGGAUCUAAGCAACAACCGCAUCAACAAUGAAGGAGUCGGCAUGCUGUGCAGAGGCCUUGAGGCAAAUGAUACACUCCGAACACUGAAGCUGGCUUAUAACUCUUUGACAGUGGAGGGGGCUCUGGUCUUGAUCAGUGUUGUAAAGAACUCGCCCAAAACAGCGCUUGAGGAAAUCAACAUAUGUAACGUGCUGGUGAAUGAAUUCUUUGUGCAGCUGCUGGAGCUGAUAUGUCAGGAUCACCCUGGCUUAGAGGUGCAGUAUGGUGGUGUAGGGGGUUUUAUUGCUAAAAAGCCCCCUAAGCGCCCUGAUCCCAUGAAAGUCAUUCAGGAUUACCUUGAUCAGCGCAAGCUCCGUCUUUGGGAUUUCUUCCGGAAUAUUGACAAAGAUGGGACUAUGCGCGUUCCUGUGACUGAAUUUAGAAAGGCUGUGCAGCAAUCAAGCAUUCCAUUGGACAAGUUCCAGAUCGAACAGCUUAUUCAAAAACUAGACCGGGAAAGGACAGGCAUUGUGGACUACAGAGGUCUGGCCGAUACCAGAAAGCAAAUGAUGCGAGACCACCGGCGCCAGCUGCGUAAGGUGGAGUCCCGUCAGAAAAAGGAGAAGCAAAAGAGUGAACGCAUUCUUAAAACCUUCCAGACAGCUGUGGACGCCGUGACCCCUCAUACCUCCAUAGUCAUGUCACCUGGUGAAAUUAAAGAAGACUCAGGUGGCCCCCAGCCAUUCUUAGCCACCCCUCUCAGCUCUUGGCACCAUAUCAUCAUGUCCAAUAGCAGUCGCUACUCCAUCACCAACAUGGGCAGCGAGCAUUUCCACCUUCCUAUGAUAGGAAAAGCCUCGCCCUGCAGACCCCCAAGCUCCCUAGCAAUGCGCUCCUACUCCCAGCCCAACCUGAUGGAUAAUCACAUAACUCGACCAAUUCUGACCAAACCUGCCUCUGCCCAGGGCAUGCACUCCACCUCCAAUCCCAGCGAGACAGCCAGCAGGUUCUGUGCUGGAGCUGAUCACCUGACCAGAUCAAGGCCUGCAUUAAAUACAGAGCAACCUGUGGAAAAGGUUUCUAAAGCCAAGAAAAAGAAGAGUAAAAGUGAUCAUAAGAAACACUAA